AUGGAUUUGACAACUUUUGAUGCGACUAAUUCUGCGUCAGUUACAGAACAAAAACAACACUCCACACUUACGGCUCCAAAUGAACAGUCGCAAGCACGAGAUCUCUCUUUGGAAUCAAAGGUCUCCGAACUUGAUCCGUCAAUUUCUGAAAAAGGUAAAAAGGAGAGCGAAUCAUAUUUUCGGGAAUCCGCCACACGAAAUGUUUCCGACAACGUUGCAAAGCAAAGAGAGUCGACAGAGAAAACAUCACCUCAACAAUCAUUUGAUUAUGGAAUAUUUCUUCGACAAAUGAGAGAUCCAAGUGCACAACCAAUCGCCCGUUAUGUCAAAAGUUUUGAACAAGAGUUUGAACGCAAGACCAGAACGGUCAAUGAACAAGUUAAAUAUGUUACUAAUUUUUUAGAGCGUGUCUCUGUGAAAAUGCGUGAAUGCGAAGUAUGGCACAGACCAGUCACUACCGAUGAUAAAGAGAAAGAUGAAAUUUUGCACCAAAAAAUUCAGAUAUUUAGAUGGAUAAAGGAAAAACAUCUGGACAUACCUACCGCUCAACACAAUGAACAAGAGCAAUUUCUUGAAUUUGCAAAGAGCGAAUUGUUGAAGAUAAAUGAUUUUAAAGCCCCUCGGGAUAAACUUAUUUGCAUCCUUAAUUGUUGCAAAGUCAUUUUUGGUCUAAUAAGGCACGUGGAUGGUGAAGAGGGUGCCGAUAAAUUUCUACCCAUUCUUAUCUACGUUGUUUUAAAAGCCAACCCAGAACAUCUGGUUUCCAACGUUCAGUACAUUUCUCGAUUUAGAAAUCCAGAGAAAUUACAGUCUGAAUCAAGUUAUUAUCUUUCGAGUCUGAUGGGAGCAAUCUCAUUCAUUGAAAAUAUGGAUGCGUCCUCGCUUACUAUAUCACAAGAAGAAUUCGAUAAAUGUAUCGAAAGUACGAUGAAGGAAUUAGAACGUGAACGACCAAAACUGAAAGAAAAUAAUACUAGAGAUAUGGUAAAUUAUGACAAUGCGAUUCAUCCUUCUAAGCAUCCAUCAAAUUUAAAGACACCGCUUUUAAACACAGCGCAAGCUAAGGUAUUGAUCGAAAAGGGAGGAAAUAUGCUUGCUCAAUGGACAUUCCAAAAGCCAUUAUCCGUCGUUGGAAAAAUAUUUUCAGAGAUUAAUAAUGAGAUGAAUGAUCCGACAAACAAUGUUCCUUCAUUAGAUGCAAUCUCCAAUUCUUCUUCAAGGAGCGUCUCACCUCACCGACAUUCUCCACAUGUUGAGCUGAUGAACGGUUCACAUUCAUCAUCAGACAACGAGGGAACCACAAUUCAAGCGGCUCGACGUUCCUUCUCUUUUUCUUCUCGGUCUUCACGUACCUCACAUACAUCGCGUGAAUCAACUGAUUUUUCUGAUUUGCAAGAAGAGGUUGCUCGUGCUUCUGAGGUAGAGCUUCAAACCUCACUUGCUACCCUCAGAUCAAUGUUUCCUAAUAUGGAUCCUGAUAUAUGUGAAGAUGUGUUACAGAGUAAUGAAUGGCGUAUGAACCAAGCCGUUGAUCAAUUACUUGAACUAUCCGAUUCAAACGUUAAUAAUGUUAAUGAAGUCGGCGAUUUAUAUAUAGACGAAAUGAAUAAUGAUAAUGAUAAUACCUCUAACGAUACAACCAACGAGACAAGAUGA